UGUUUUACAAAGCUGCUGACGUCAUAAACUUCAUGCGCUUGUGCCUGCAGUUUGAUUCUACUUCUUAGCACUCCAUUUUACCAUUAAACACCGGUGUUGGGACAAAGACAACUUGUUUUUGAUUUAGAAGUGAAGCAAGAAUUCAAAUUUCAUCCAUAUUCCUUCAAGAAUCGGCUAUCGAACACCUGAAACUGUCGUAAGUGUCACUGCAUAUCUAAGAUAUUCAUGCAAAGCUACUCGGUAACUACCUGCACUAGCCUGUGUCCAUAAGUUUGAACUGAUAGACUAAAGGGAAGGUACAGUAACAGGAAGCGAAUGAUGGACUUCAGAUCUAUAGUCUAGGAGGCUGACUACUGGCCCAUGCUUGGCUGCUUUCCCACUACUUGACCAAACAAGAGUAGCCCAAGAGUUUGUAGUACCCAUAUAGAAUCAAUAAAUAUCUGAUUAUAUGAAUCCCUUCUGCACAAGGUCUGCCAUUGAUGGUUUUUACUAUGGACAAGCCUGAUCAGAACUCUCAGAGUUAUCCAAAAGCUCUGUCCUUGCCUGUACUUACUUCUGUUUCCUAUCAGCCUGGGACUUUCUCUCUUAUGGGGUCCUCUUCUGCCUUCAGGCCUCCAACAUCUGUUGGUGCACCUUCUAAUGGUUGCAAUAGUCAACAGCCUGAUUCUAGGCCUCUUGCUUGGUCUUCAGGAUCCCAUACAUGGUGGUCCCCAGCAGAAGCUGUUUCCACCACUUCUGGCUUGUUUUGUGCAACAUCCAGCCUUCAGACUAGCUACAGCAGCUCCCCUUGUGGAAGCUUUAGGCCAGAUAGUGCUGGCACUAUAGUGUUGGAUACUACCUCAGCGUCUGAUCAUGUGCCACAGCCUCGUAGAAUCAUAGAGGAAAUGUUAGGGCAUCUUUAUGCAAAACCUCCGUCGGCUGAGGUUUGCCAUGAACCUAAAGUUGAAGGUGUUAAUGGUUCAACCUCAUCCUAUCAUUCCUUCAGCACUCGGGUAAAUUCUUCCUCACCAAAUGAAUUAGAAACUUCGGGGAACAAAAGUGAAAAAUGUAAAGAAAAUGGUGACAUUUCAAGUUCCUCACCAAAUCUGUCAGAUAAUCCUCUUCUAGAAGCAUCUGUGCAUGUUCCAGAAGGAAGAAAGAAAUCUGUUUCUGAAAAACAGAAUAAGACAGACUUUCGGGUGGUGUCCACUCUCUCUACAUCAUCUGUAAAAACAGAGAAGAAAGAUGACAGUCCUAGGUCACCACAGUUGUCAGAAACAUGGAAAGCCUCAAGGAAUGGCAUUCAGAAAAUUGUUAUUACAAAAACUCAAGGAAAAUACAGAAAAAAGCAGCCUGAAGGAGCACUGCCACAUGAAACCAGUUCGGAUAAUGAGAGUCAGUCAGAAGACUCCAACGAAAGUAGCAAUGCUGCAGGAAAUAGCUCCAGUAGUGAAAGUGCAAGCAGUGAAUCUAGUGAAGUAACAGGCAAUCACACGCAGCAACAAUCAAAAGAAGAUGAUAGUAAACACCAGAGAUCAAAACUAAGGCCAAGGAAGCACAAGAAGGAAGCUGAACCUCCUCCUAAAAAACCACCAGAUGAGGAUAACAUUCCAGAACCUCUCAAUUUGAAAGCUAGAACAGACUCUCCAAGUCCAGCCCACUUGACUGCUACCAACACAACAUUAUGUUUAGAAUCAAGUCCAAGACAAGACGGUGACUUCAUGCCUGCUCCUUUAGACUUGUGUAUCAAGAAGCAAGAAAGAGGCGAAGAUAGCACAUUAGUAGAGCAGAGUUUGUCUCCAAGUGAGCUUCCCACCUCACUGUCCCCUACUGCUCACUCUUUACUUAGUUCCACAUUCAACAGUCAACCUACUCCUACGGGGUUUUUACUGAUACCAGGUUCUCGAAGACGAGGAAGGAAGCCCAAAUAUCUUGUUGCUCAAGAGAAUCAAGAGAAGCAGGUUAUUUAAUUUCUUAUUUAACAGACGGAAUUUACAGAUAAAAGAAAUUCUGAUAUGAAACAGCAACAGAAACAGCUUCGACUAGCUAAAAAGUUGCAAGCUUUACAAGAGAAAGAAGCAGUUGAAUCUCCAA